AUGGACGGUAUUUCCAGAGUGCUAAAUCAGUGCCUGGAGGACUUCACGGCAUUGACAGACUCGGAUGCCCUCACCCAGUAUGUAGCCGAAGUCUCCCAUCAGCGCUGGCUUGACGAGCUAGGUCGACUCCGUGUCUGGUCGGGAAACAAUGGCGCGCAUGAAGUCGGCCAGGCAUCACUGGACUAUCGACUUCGCGAUGCUUCGCAUCUAAAAAAGGAGACCAUCAAACUCUUGAAUCGGAUGUUGCAGGUCCUCCAGGAAGUGAGGGAGGUGGUUGACGACGGAGGAGAAGAGAAUAUCGAUAUUGAAUUCGACGACGAAGGUGACGGUGACGGUCACGACGAUGACGCCAGGGCCACAACGGAUAGCAUGACGGAGAUACAACAUCUGUACCAGAGUCUAGUCGAUAUUAUCAAUCUCCUAUUCCAGAUCUCCAUGGCCAUCCGCAGGCCCGCCGACCACGAUCGCCUCCUUAACAUGAAGAUUGAGAAUGCAUCAUUCUUCGAACCAUGGGCCCAGCGACACAUCUCGCACAAGUAUCCUCAUGCCGAAAGUGACAUCGUUAACCGACUCAGUACCGCUAUAACGAGGCAGAAGGCUAUCUUAAAAUAUCGCGAGCGGCACAGAGCAAAGCUUGGAAAGGGGCCGUUCGAGGGAAUCGAAACGGACUCGACGAGGCUCGCAGACGCAGAAGCAGCAGAAAUGACCGCCGGGUAUGACCAACUGUGUUUCCGUGAGACGGAUUCCAGCUCUGAUGGGUCCCGGACGUCAUACACAGCAAGCUUGAUCAUGACACUUGGUGCAAUCUCAGUUCCAAACCCGCCAAGAGAGUCACUGGGCAAAAAGCCAUUCGAAUGUUCCUACUGCUUUUAUACUAUUUUCAUUAGACACCAGGAGGACUGGGCUCGCCAUGUUUUCCGGGAUCUGAUGCCGUAUGUUUGUUUAUCAAAGGACUGUAUUAUUCCAUCAAGGCUCUACGAGAGUCGGAAGCAGUGGUUUCGUCACAUGCUUGAGGUGACCUUUGAGGGGCAUAUUGGCCGACAUCUGGAGGAGCUGGCGCUAUUCGUCUUGCGUCAAACGGAUGUAGGUAAUGAUAUGCACUCGGAAGUGGCAUCACCGGCCGCACCUGUGAUUGUAGGGGUGGAUGCGUGUGAUCAAAGUCCAGGGUCGGACGGUAUCAAACCCGACCUUAGAACUGAUAGAACUCAUGAGGAAGCUGGCGGAGUGGGACAGGAUACACAGAGUUUGAAGGAACCGUUUCAUCAUGAACCAGCAACUCCCUACGACAUCCAGGAGAGUUAUCGUGCAUCAGCCGGGGAAUACAGUUCUUCGGUCAUGGACACUCUCACGACUGAUUUUGCACAAAUGGGAACACGUUUCCUAAGCCAGGGAUCCGGCGGCCUAAACAGCGAUAUUUUUGAAAGUCAUGAUCAUCACCCAGCAAGUCCAUGGUGA